AAGUGAAAUACCUUUCGUUAUUGAUUUUUAGUUAAUAUUUGUUCACUCGUACAAAUUGACAAGUUUCAAUAAAUUAUUAUAAAGGAUUAAACAAUGUAUAAAGAUUUAUAAAAUGAAUAGAGUUAAAAAACCCGCUCACAUCGUGUCAUUUUUUUUUGGUUUAAAUAAAAGGAAUACUGUCAGUGGCGCUAAAUCUUGACUAUGAUUAGUAUUCCCAAACAUUUAAGAGAAGACCACGUGUUUUCAGUGCACCCCAAUAUUACUCAAUAAAAUCGAGAAGUUCUAAAUAACAAAUGCAUAUGGACAGAUUGGUGCAUAUGUUUUAUGUUGAAUAAAUUGAUUAUAAAAUAUGAAAUAUAUUUUAGUAACCGGUGGUGUUAUUAGUGGAAUUGGCAAAGGUGUCAUUGCGAGUUCAUUUGGAACUAUACUUAAACAUUGCGGUAUUCAUGUGACAUCUAUCAAGAUAGAUCCGUAUAUAAAUAUUGAUGCUGGUACAUUUUCUCCCUACGAGCAUGGAGAGGUUUAUGUGUUGGAUGAUGGUGGAGAGGUGGAUCUUGAUUUAGGAAAUUAUGAACGGUUUUUGGAUAUUACUUUGCACAGAGACAAUAAUAUUACAACAGGAAAAAUUUAUCAGCAUGUAAUUUCAAAAGAAAGAAAUGGUGAUUACUUGGGAAAGACUGUUCAAGUAAUACCACAUAUAACAGAUGCUAUUCAAGAAUGGGUUGAAAGGGUUGCAAAACAGUCAGUAACAAAAGAUGGUGAUCUACCACAAGUUUGCAUUAUUGAGUUAGGUGGAACUAUAGGAGAUAUUGAAGGAAUGCCAUUUGUAGAAGCUUUCAGACAGUUUCAGUUUAGAGUGAAAAAAGAGAAUUUUUGCUGUGCACAUGUAUCUUUAGUACCACAACCAAAAUAUACAGGAGAACCAAAAACAAAACCAACUCAAGCUAGUGUAAGAGAAUUACGUGGAUUAGGUUUGACUCCUGAUCUUAUAGUUUGUAGAUCUGAGAAACCAAUAGGUGAUUCUGUAAAAGAAAAAAUAUCGAAUUUUUGUCAUGUUGCGCCUGAACAGGUCAUAACUAUACACGAUUUGUCAUCUAUAUAUCGCGUUCCUUUGUUGAUGGAAUUUCAAGGUGUUAUUGAAUUUCUAAACGAGAGGUUACAAUUACAUAUUGAAAUGCCUCGUCCUCGAUAUUUUAUGCGAAAAUGGAGAGAUUUGGCAGAUCGGAUUGAUCAUUUACGGAAAGAAGUGAGCAUUGCAUUAGUUGGAAAAUACACAAAAUUAGAAGAUUCCUAUGCAUCAGUUACAAAAGCUCUACAACAUGCUUGUAUUCAAGUUGGCUACAAACUAAAUUUAACAUAUAUAGAAGCUGAUAAUUUAGAACAAAUUACAAAAUCACAAAGUCCUGUACUAUAUCAUGAAGCUUGGCAACAACUUUGUAAAAGCGAUGGCGUUGUAGUGCCAGGUGGAUUUGGUAAAAGAGGUAUGCAAGGAAAAAUAGAAGCAUGUAAAUGGUGUAGAACAAACAAUAAACCAUUUCUCGGUAUUUGUUUGGGGCUACAAUUGGCGGUUGUUGAAUUUGCAAGGAACGUUCUAGGCAUAGAAAGUGCAAAUAGUAUGGAAAUUGACCCAGAAACUGAUUAUCCCUUCGUUAUAGACAUGCCUGAAUAUAAUCCAAAACAAAUGGGUGGAACCAUGAGACUUGGAAAAAGAUAUACUCGAUUUACAAAAAAUAAUUCAGUUAUAAAGCAGUUGUAUGGUAACAAGGAUUAUAUAGAAGAAAGACAUAGGCAUCGGUAUGAAAUUAAUCCAAAAUAUAUAGAUGAUUUAGAAGCAGCUGGAUUAAAGUUCAUAGGUCGUGAUGAAGAAAAUUUACGUAUGGAGAUAGCAGAAUUAGAAGGCCAUAGUUACUAUACUGCUACACAAUUCCAUCCAGAGUAUUUAUCUAGACCAUUAAAACCUUCACCUCCAUUCUUAGGACUAAUUUUAGCUAGUAUUGGUAAAUUAAGACAUUACUUAGCCAAAGGAUGUAGAUUUUCACCUGAAGUAAUCAGUGAUAAUGAAUCAGAUAAUGAAUGUCUAGUCGAAUCAAUGGCAAAACAACAAAUAAUGAAUGAAGCUAAUAUGACUGAUAGCACUACGUCUGGUACUGAUUAAACUUCUUAAUUAAAUAGUCGUAUUAACUAUAAAGGUAAU